AUGAAUCAAAGUCCUAUGAUACAUGCGCCGUCCAAAAAGACGGACGAAGUCGACUGGGCAACACCGUUGAAGCGCUACAUACACACGACAUAUCAGGAAGACCCGGAGAAAUAUGCUGACGAAUGCAUGACGAUACAUCGUUUACGACAAGAUAUGAGAGGUGCCGGGAAGGAUCUGACUGGGAGAGACCUAUUAUACAGAUAUUAUGGCCAGUUGGAAUUACUUGACUUGAGGUUUCCAGUCGAUGAAAGCCAUAUUCGGGUAUCAUUCACAUGGUACGACGCCUUCACACUAAAAACAACCUCUCAAUUUUCUCUUGCAUAUGAGAAAGCCAGCACCAUAUUCAACAUUGCAUCGGUUCUAUCUGCAAUCGCGGCUUCGCAGAAUCGCUUCGAAUCUGAUGGACUAAAACGUGCAUCCACGUACUUUCAGGCAUCUGCUGGAAUGUAUGCUUACAUAAACGAUAACUUUCUCCAUGCGCCCUCAACCGAUUUGAGUCGCGAAGUUGUUAAAUUGCUGUCACAGCUAAUGUUGACGCAGGCUCAAGAGUGCUAUCUAGAACUGAGUAUUGGGGCCAAGAAAACAUUUGCUCUUGUUGCUAAAUUAGCUUCGCAGGCGGGAUGGUCGUAUGGCAAUAUUGUAGAAAAUAUGACUGAUUUUGUGAACAAGAGUAUUUUUGACAAGAGUUGGCUAUCCUUAUGUCAAAUAAAACAUAAAUAUAUAUCAUCGAUCUCACAAUAUCAAAAAGCAUUGGCAUGCGAAGCAGAUCGUCAAUACGGUGAAUGUGUUGCACGUCUUAAUGUUGCCGAUACUUUGGCUAAAGAAGCCAGCAAGCUUGCAAACAGCUUUGUAUCAUCAUUUUCUCCUUCAUCAACACAGACUCUAAUGCCAGAUGCUGCUUCUUCAUUACAAGAGCUCACAAAAGCAAAUGCGGCUAUGAUAGCCGAAAAGAAAAAUUCAGCAACAAACGAUAACGAUAUAAUAUACAAUGAAGCUGUACCGCAAGAAAGUGUUCUUACUCCAAUAGAUAAAAUUAAUGCUGUUAAAUCCAUUUCUAUUCAGGAACUAUAUAACGCAAAUGAUAUCAAGAAAGUAAUUGGUCCGGAUAUGUUUCAACGUCUUAUUCCGUUUUCAGUACAUGAAUCUGCUUCACUAUACUCUGAGGAGAAGGCAAAAAUUGUUCGGGGUGAAACAGAACGAUGCGACUUGGCUAACACUGAACUAGAGACAUCCCUGAUUGACAUGAAGUUACCUGGAAUGCUUGAAAAGUUCAAGAGCACAAACAGCGCGAAAUCUUUGGACGAAUUGGCUAUUCCUACCCCAGAAGUUUGUGAAUGGGCAGAUUGUAUUCGAGACGAUGAAAUUAACAAGAUUCCAAUUAACGAGUUGCGAGGUGCUGUUGAGGACUUGAAGAAUAACAAAGCUAAACAAAUGUUGGACGACAUCUCACAUAUUCUCGACGCGGAGCAACGAGCAUGUGAGGAUAUGAGGGUUAAGUAUGUCGAUGAAUGGACUCAGGCAACAUCCGGACCGCUUACUAGUUUCAUUAGAAAUGAUCUACGCAAGCAUCGGGAGAACCUUGAUAAGGCUGAAACCAAUGACCGUCACUUUGCGCAAAUGUUAGAGCAAUGCAUGAACGAUAUUUCUAUUUUAAGUGGUGGAGCAAAUGGGGAUCGGUUGGAGACAACAUUUGCUGAAGCCUUGGCUUCAAUAAGCAACGAUACACCUGCUGUAAAUGGAAAACGGGCUAGUGAUAACAUAUUGGAUAUAGACAAUGUUCAGCCAGAAGAGAGCAUGCCCUCCAAAGUGCGUCAAAUUGAAGAGUGCAUUGGAAAUUUGAAUAAAGUGAGGAAAGAACGCAUGGACACGUUAAGCGAUUUGAAAGAAAAAACGCACCAAGACGAUAUAUCUCACUUGCUUAUAUUAAACAAGAAGACUCAAAACAUCGAGCCACAGUUGUUUCAAACUGAGCUUGAGAAGUUUAUUCCGUAUAAAAAUAGGAUUACAGCCAGUAUCCAUCAACAACAAAAGCUAUUGCACCAACUGAACGCUUUUCAUAGGAGCUUGAUGGAAGGCGAUGAAGCGCGAGCAGUGCAAAGCCGAUGGGAACAGGCUGAACGAAAGAGGAAAGAAGUCGUUGAGCGAUUCAGAAAAGCCAAGGAUACUUACAUCGAAGUCAAAGAAGGGAUCAGGAAAGGGUUCGAAUUUUACAAUGAUCUAUCAGAGUCAAUUAAUAACUUAUUAAAGACUGCUAAUAACUUCGCCGAUGAACGGCAAAAAGAGAGAGACAAUCUUGUUCGCACUAUAGCAGACCGACAGCAGCAAAAGUUAAGAGAAGAUCUUCGUCAUUCUUCGGCCAUGUCGCCACCGGAACAAGCUUUUCGCAGAUUAUCUUUACAACAACUACCCCCACAGGCACAUCUGCAGACAAGGGGACAACCUCAAUACCAACCUCAGCGACCACCACCGCAAUACGUGCAACCUCUUCAACAGCAAUAUCCACAACAACCGCCUCAACAACAAUACCCACAGCCACCUCUUCAGCAACAAUACCCACAACCACCUCUUCAACAACCACCUCUACCAAAUUUGCAACAGCCGCCUCCCCAACACCAACGUCAACAACCACAGCCACCUCAACAUCAACACCAACAACCGCCUCCGCAGCAACAAUUACAGCACCAACCUCCGCAAUAUGCAUACGGGAAUUUCCCACCUGCUCAGCAACAAGGCAGUUAUCAACAGCCUCCGAUAAGGGAUUUCCAACAACGCAUGGUGUCACCUACUGGAGGACCUCAUCAACCACCAAAUCCCUAUCAUCAACCGCAGUCAAGGGAUUUCCAACAACACGUGAUGUCACCUGUUCAACCGCCUAAUCCAUAUAAUCAGCCGCCUCCUCAUGUGCCGUCUUAUCCUCCAGGUCCAUUACAGACACCGCCGCCGCCACAAGCACCGCAUUUUACUAACGACAGAUUAGCGAGACGUUAA